UAGCACGACUAAACGCACAUAUACAGCUCGCUGGAGAUACUCCGAGAUAGUGGUAGAGUUGUUUGAUGCAUUGGAUUCAGUAUCAUUAUUACUUGCCGACUGUUGCGGUCUCUAGUGGGUGAUAAAUUUUCAGUGAAUUUUCGUGACAUUAUUUGUGGUUGAUUUUCACGUAUCAGCCAUGCAGGAGCAUAUGGGUCGCAGGGAAAUAUCCGAGGAGCCUCCGAUGAGCCGACUGUUCGUGAUAUGCGGCCGGCAAGUCACCAAAGAACAGCUCAUGAAGCACUUUGCCGACGAUGGAGAAAUUGAAGAAUGCAUAGUGAUUGUGGACAAAAAGACCGGCCAAGGAAAAGGCGUAGCGUAUGUGAAGUUCACAAAAACGUCCUCGGCGGCUCGCGGACUCCGCAAGAAUGGAUCUUACAUUGAAAAUGAGACACGCCCUAUCAAAGUGAUGAUUUCGGCCAGCUACCAAAAGAAAAAGGAAGAUGGAACGCCAGAGGAAGUGAACGAAUACAAAUUCCGCCGUCUGUUUGCAGUGAUUCCCAUUUCGAAAGAUGAGGAAGCCAUCAAGAGUGAAUUCAGUCGAUUCGGCACUGUUAUACAGGUACGAUUGGUACCGGACAAGAAGAAUCAGAGUCAAUGUGCUGCCUACAUUACAUUCACAUCAUUCCUGGAGACGGCGCUGGCCAUCGAAGGCUGUGAUCCGAAUUAUAGGGCCAAGUUCUGUCUACCUCGGGAGGCUCUUAAUAAGGAGAAAGAAGCUAGCAGCAGUGGAAAACAUGAAUCUUCCAAUGGUUCUAGUCGCAAAAGAACACAUUCCCCAGAAUCUGGUCGCCCUGGAGGCGAUGUGAAGCUGGUAGUUAUCUGUAGUAACAGCCUCAACCAGGACCGUUUAUGGAGAAUUUUUGACAUUGCUCCCGGAAUGAAGUAUUGCAAUAUUGUUACGCAAAAUGACAUCAACAUCACCGCUUCUGUGGUUUAUUCCAGUAAAAGUGAAGCUCAGCGAGCAGUGGACAAAAUCCAUGGGCUUGAAUACCCUAUCGGAGAGCGCAUAAUCGUCCGUUACGAAGAUGAAUUCCGCGACGAAAUCAGCUCCAAUGACGUACUGUCACAGUUAGGUCCACCGAAACCUAUCCUGAACCCCCAAACGACUCAAUGUGCCAAGAAAGCAUUCUUCAUCUGCAUGCCCGAAGCCGUAUCGGUGAAACUGCUGCAGGACGCGUUCUGUAGAUUCGGUGAUCUGAUUAACGUGUAUUUGAUUCCCGGAAAGCGACAUGGCUACGCAGCAUUUGCCAGUGACGUUUCAGCGGACCGAGCCAUUCAGCAGCUCCAUGGAAUCCAGUUGGGCGAUUGCCGAUUGAAAGUUUUGGAGUGCAUGGAGCAGAACGAUAACAAGAAGCGAAGGCAAACCGAUCAAUAAGCUACUGAUGGACGUCAGGGUAAGAUUCGCUCUGUGAGCGACUUGUAAUACUUUUUUCGUAGUCUUUUUUUCAAUCUCGUUUCAGCAUGAGCCGUUCGACAACGGAUUUCUUCCCCAAACUUCACAUUUUCUCUUUUUCAGCUAUAAUCAAUCCUUACCAUUUUCAAAUAACAGGCAAACAACUUUUUUGAUCUUCUAUCAUUUGCAGAAUAUUAACUUGAGAACGAUUGAAAGGAACAUACAUCGGAAGAGAAUUUUGAAUCAUAAUUUUCUUGGAACGAAUUAAGAUACCGAACUAGAUCAGGACAAUCUAAUUUAGGAAAACCAUAAAUUCUUAGUUCCUGGAAGAAAAACUAUAAAACAUACAUUACUUGCUUCAAAUACUGAACGAUUAACGUUGCACUUGUGGCCAAUGCCACGUUGAAAUAGAAAACGAAAAUUACAAUUUGAAUUCCUAAUGGUAAAUUCUGAAAACGAAUUUUCUCAAAUUUUAGCAAAGAAAUUUAUUGAAAAUCUUUGAAAUCAAUAGGGAAGACCGAGCUGUUAUCUCAAAUAAAAGCUAUCCAUACUUAAUUCUUGGAAGGAAAAUAAUUUCCAAAUAGAAUGAUUUGAAAUAAAUCGAAAUAAACUUCAAA